CAGCAGAAGGAACAGAACAACUACUGUUGUGUUUGUGAUGACGCCAAUUAUAUCGCCGUCCCGAUUAGGAAAGUAUCCAUCUCCCGUCAUGCGGUCAAGAUGCGCCUUGCACAGGCUACCAGGCAGUGCACUGCUUUCGAAAGCGUGUUUACCGAACCAAUAGAAACGCACCGGCGCAAUUGCACGUGCUUCGAGGGGGUCCCGCUAGCCGUGUCGGGACAGGGCCGGAAGCGCGCCGCUGGAUGCCGGUUGGGUGCAUUUUAUCAAUUCGAUCAGUGCGCAGGUUUUUGGGACGUGUGCGAGUUCUGUCAAAUCAUGGCAGGCUUGAAUGGAAUUGGCUAUUUCACUGCGAUUAUUUGCCCAUUUUUUAUCUUUUUGAUCUUUCAGUGUGCUAAUCUCAAACAUUUCCUGUAUAUUCGCUUGCACGUUCAGGGAUUUCCAUCUCCAACUGUAUAAAUACCUUAUGCUUUCCCCAUCUCUCUUCCUCACUGUUUCUCCCUUUCUCUCUUUUCCCUUUUCCUCUCUCCAAUUCUCUCUGUCUCGCCAGCCUUCUCUUUCACUUCAUCUGCUUCAUUUCCUCCAUUUUCUUCUCUUGGUUUUCUCUUGGUUUUCCUCUGAUUUUCUCCUGAUUUUCUCUUUUUUCCCUUUUUGUCU